AUGUGCCAGCGACGGUAUGCCAACGACGUCCUCAAGCGUUUCGGCAUAUAUGAGUGCAAGGCCACAGCAAGUCCGGUCGGUUUGAGCACUUGGCUUGUCGCAAGCAGCGAAUCGGCCAAGAUCAACGUUCCGUUUCGCGAAGCUGUUGGAUCUCCAAUGCACUUAACGACUGCGACGCGCCCGGACAUUGCGUAUGCUGUGGGGUAA